AUGCAGGACGGGAAGACGGCAAUGGAGGCGACCAAGGAGGCGGCGGCCAACGUGGGGGCCUCGGCGAACGCCGGCAUGCAGAAGACCCGCGCCGCCGUGCAAGGCCAGGUGGAGAAGGCCACGGCACACAACGCGUCGGACAGGGCUACGGCGGAGGCGAACCAGCGGGACCGCGUGCCUGACGCGGAGCUGGAGAAGCAGGACGCCGUGCGCGCCAACGCGGCCGCCAAGGAGCGCGCCACCGGCGCGGCCGCGUACCAGCACCCGUCGCAGGGCGCGCCCGGGAUCGUCGACGCCUCCCGGCAGGGCUACGGCGGCGGCGGAGCUGCCCCCGCGGGCGGGCACGUCGAGGACGGCGUUGGCGAGACCCGCCCCAUCGCUAGGGCCACCGGCACGGCGCGGCCCAGCGCCGCGCACAACCCGCACGUCGGGAGCGACUUCGCGCAGCCGCGCGUACCGGCGGGCAGUACCAGUGAGCUGCUGCGACGCGUAACAGUAUGA